CCGAUUAAAUUCUUGGGUUUGGCAAACGUCAUUGUUGGAUUACCUAAUUUGGAAUUGUCUUCGUAUGUUUUCCGCGAUCUGGCUGUGACAAUGGCGCAUAUUAUCGCCUUUUCAAGGCUACAGUUUUGACGAUUCGAUAUUUGUGCAGAGGGAACUGCCAGCAGCGGAAUUGUGGCAACAUUGCAAGAGUUUUGGCAUUUACGAGAAAGCUGUUUUGAAUGGUAUCCAUGGGGCAGGGUACUAAGAGACUGGGACUGUCUGCUCUUCAACAGCGUGGAGUCAUCGGCAAGGCUGUGCAAGGACCACUGUGGCUUACUUGGACCUCCUCGAUCGCAGGUAACGGUCCUGUUCAGAGGACAGGUUCUGGACGGGAUUUCCGACCGCUCUCCUGGACCGCAGGUUUGAGAUUUCCAGCCACCAGUACUUCCUGAAGACACCAAAGGAUGGCGUACAGAAGAGACAGGAGCACUAUCCGAGCAGCUUACGAUGAGCAUUUCCAUCCAGAAAGGGAGAUGCCCUACAACAGAGUGGUGAAUAUGGCUGAGAGGAGGGGAGACUUCAACAGACCCGAGGAAGCCUACCACAGAGAUUUUGACUACGACGGCCCGCGGUACUACCCAAACGGAGGCCCCCGCAAUUACCACGGAGACGACCACAGAGGGUACCACGAGAACGCUCACUUUGGGAACGUGCGCAGGAACGCCCCCCCCUCCCGAAGGGAGGAGGGGUACCACUAUUACAGGGGAUCCAGGGACGAUUCCCAGGGGGGGCGACAGAUGGAGUUCAGAGCCAACAGCAGAGCGGGCCCCCCACCCAACGUUAGAGCUCAGGGCUUCUGUCCCGCCCCCAGGAGCUUGUCCAACGUAGUCCCCGAAGUCGCUGAUGACACGCUAAUGCAGGCCAUUCUGAACUUGGAGCGAGGGGAGGACCGGGAUCACUUCCGGAGGAAGAGCUCCUUCCCCCCGCAGCGGGACAGGUCCCCCCCCAAGCGGGACGUCCCGCACUCGCCGCACAGCCGCUCCGGGUCCAGCGUGAGCAGUCGCAGCUACUCUCCCGAAAAGAGCAAGAGCUACUCCUUCCAGAAGCUGCAGAAGAGCAAUAAAGAAAGGGCUCCCAGUCAGCCUGUGACUGCCUCCAGAGAUGGGUCUCCUCAGAGCUCUGUCUCCACCUCAAAGGCGAGCGUGGACAAGGCCAGCAGGCCCCUGGAGCCCCCCCUGCCAGACCCUCUGAGGGAGAAGGUCGAGGAGACGCAGGAGAGACCCAGCGACGUGCCCGAGACGCUUGCGCAGUUUGAGGAGAUCUCGGGCUUGGAUGCGGAGCAGGAGGACCUCCUGCCUGUCAAAGACGAGGCCGCCAAGGCCAAGGAGAACCUCCAGGAGCGGCGGUCCAAGGCCAUCGCCGCCAAGGCCCGGGAGAUCGAGCAGGUGUUCAGGCAGGACUGCGAGACGUUCGGGAUGGUGGUGAAGAUGCUGGUGGCCAAGGACCCCAGCCUGGAGAGCCAGCUGCAGACCCCCCUGAGGGAGAACCUGGGGGAGAUCCAGCAGCGCUGCCUGGAGGACCUGCGCCACUUCAUCUCCGAGCUGGACGAGGUCCUCCAACCGGAGGCCUCCGGAUGAGCCUCGGCGCCGGGCCCCCGGAGGUCCGGCUGCACCUCCACACCAGCAUCAGGGAACUGCUUCACCCUCAUCCUAACGUCGGGCUGGUGGAGAGGAAGUGAGGUCACCCAAUCUACAUCCUCUCUCUACAGGAAAAAAAAUUUGCUUUUAUUUUGUCUCUCCUGUACAUUCCAGCACUAACUCUGGACUCCAUGUUGCUCGUGUGUCUCCUGCACAACACGAAAACAUCCGACUACAAACUGCUCCAGAAACAACAGUGUGAAAUGGAAGGAGAGAAUCGGGACUUGGUUCCAGAGAGAACCAGCUUAAGAUAAAUCAACAUGCUCGUCAGUUGCUUAUGGCAGGGGGGGUCCUCAACCAUGGACCUAGAGAUCCCCUAGGGUCUGCUUGGGAAUUCAGCCAUGGACCUGGAGAUCCACUGGAUCUGCUACCAUACUCAACCCUGGACCUAGAGAUCCACUGGGUGUGCUAGGGUACUCAGCCCUGGACCCGGAGAUCCAAUGGGUCUGCUCAGGUACUCAGCCCUGGACCCGGAGAUCCACUGGGUCUGCAAAGGUACUGAACCCUGGAUCUCGAGAUCCAUUGGGUCUAACUGCAUUUUGUUUUCACCUUGAUAUCAGCAACUGCUUCACACCCAGGAAAUUAUGCAUUCAACUGCUUAAACUGGUCAAUAAAUGCAACAAAUUGUUUUAAUUGAUCAAUUAAGUGCGGGGUUGUGGGUAAAAUCAGCGGACCCUGUGGCUCCCCAGGGCUACAGUUGAGGCCCAGAAGCCUUGUGCGUUUUCUGUACCAGAAGUAUGACGGGGAGGGGGUGAGGGAAUGAAAGGAAGAAAAAAAAGUGUUACGCUGUUUUAUUCUUUCAUGUAUUGUAAUCCAAAUCAUCAUUAUUUCAGUUUCACCCAAAAUUUUUAAAUGUAUGUAUCUUUUGUGGAAUAUUUGGAAUGAACUUUCCUCAGAAACUGGCCUACCAAUUUUUCAGGUUGGUCAUUAAGUGGACUGCUUAUGCAGGGCUCGCCUCAUUUUUACCAUCUAUUUUCAAGUUUUUUUUUUUUUUUUUUAGAAAGUUCAGUGUAUGUAAAUAAUAAAAGUAUUAAUUGUA